AUGGAACAAUGGCAAACCUUCCAGGAGUGGCUGGCUGACCAAAAAUUACCCCAAGAGCGCAGUGGCGACUCAUCCAAGCCACAAAGGUCUCAGAACAACAUCAAACAACUGCAGGCCUCACUUCACUCAGUUAAGACCAGUAUUAUCACCACAGGCGAAGCAGAGAGAAGAGGUCAUAUAUAUGACCGCCAGGUCUCGUACCUCUUUGACCUGGACUAUGUCGGGGGCGUGUACACAGUGGAUGCAGCUCACCUAGGAAACAUUUCUCACUUUGUCAACCACAGCUGUAACCCUAACCUGCAGGUAUACAACGUGUUCAUUGACAACAUCGAUGAGAGGCUUCCGAGAAUGCGUUAUUUUCAACACGUGCUAUCCGAGCUGGAGGAGCUCACCUUUGACUACAAAAUGCAAAUUGAUCCAGUUGAUACAGAAAGCACCAAAAUGGUCAGUUUCAGUCUAGCUGGGCUUCCUGGCUCUCAAAGAAGAGUUCGAGUGGAGUGUCGGUGUGGAUCAGACUCAUGUCGAAAAUAUCUGUUCUGACAAGGA